AUUAACUUUUAAAACAAUGCAGAACACGAAUAUAUGAAUAUUGGCCCCUUCCCCAAUUAUCGAGUUUGCUACGCCACUGUAGGCCAUUACCAUGCACUGCAUCCAGUGGAAAAUUCCCAUUUCUACCAGAAACUAGCUGGUCUACCCUUGAUUCUAAAUGUCCUAACUGUCAAUUCCUAUAGGUUUAAAUUGUCAUUCCUGGACAAUUUUUUUGGAAAGCUGGUGUUUUCAAUGGCCAUUGUUAGCAGUGUGGUGACACAGUUAUGUACCAUGCAAUACCUACAAGACAACAAUGAUAUUACCACCUGGUGCAACGAAUUCCAGUGUGUCGUUUCAAUUUCCUUCAUCACGUUUGGCUGCUAUUUUUUAUUUAAGCCAUCUCAAAAUAACAACAUUGGCUCGCACGACAGAGGGAUGGGACUUGUUGUGAGCAUCAUUACCAUAUCAGUUGUUGGUCUUGAAAUUGUGCUAAUCGUCAUGGUAUUCUUGCGUAAAAACCUCAGCAUUAGUUUUGUUAUAUAUCUAGGUGGUUUUGCAUACGAAAAGAUCAUUCAAGUUGUGCUAUACAUUCUCAUCCGUAGAUGCAAGCCUGAUCCCUGCUACAGAAGAGGAGCAGUGUUUUAUUUUAAAUUUUUAUCAUUUUUAAACUUUACUUUCUGGCUAAACAGCAUUUCGUUUUCAGAUGUACCCAUAUACGAUGAACUGUCACAUGAUCAUAUUCUACAAUAUGUCGACCAAACAUUUAAGGCGUUAAUUAUCGAUUACAGACUGUUGUGUGCUUUCCUGUUCUUGGAGCAUGCAUUUAAAAUUCAGGAAACAAUUGAUGACGAUGAACAUGAACAUGUUAACAAUGAAGUCGACAGUGGAUUUCAAAUGCCAAGGAAACGUUACUUGUACACAGCUAUUGGUCUCAGCAUUGGACUGUUCUUUUUGAUACUGGAGGUCAUAAAUGCUGCUCAAUUCUGGAACAAAUGUUUCCCUAACUUUGUUAAUAUUUUCCCAAUUGUAGUUGAUAUAUGUCUUGUUGUUUUGGGAUACUUGUUACUACGAAAUGUUAAAAUUUCUGUUUUACAUGAUGAAAAAGUUGAUUAUGUCUUGCUUAUGGUUACAUCAAUGGGCGCUGCAAGUAUUGUAUACUUGUUUUGUUUUGGUUUAUUGUCGUUAUCUUCAUUCGAAUAUGAUCAGUCUGUUUCGUAUGUGAGAUGGUCAGCAUGUGUAUAUUUUGCAAGGGCAUUUAGCUUGCUGGUCUUGUUGGUUGUGUAUGCAGGAAUCCCUGUAAGUACUUUUGAAUCGCGACAGAACCAUAAUACCAAAAACUAUCUUUUUGUCUCUGCUCUUUGUUGUGGGAUGUUUGCAAGAUUUAUUGGGAGUAUCCUAAAUGAAUUUAAAGGUACAAUGCAUGAAACAGCAGUGGAACAUCUUGAUUCAAAGAAGUUUCGGACUCUGCGAGAUUUGUUUGAUAUCGGGCCAUUAUUCCAGCUUGCAACCUCUUUGCAUUUGGCACUUCAUUUCCUGCUAAUGUCUUUGCGCCUUCGUGAGCGACCUAACAAACCACGAUUAACCGUGAACAAACAAGCUCGUGUAGAUGGGCAUGGUGAACCUAUUAGAGGUGAUUAUGUUGAACCUAUUAAAGUUAAUUAUGGUACACUGUCAGCAAAUGGUGUUGCCAGGCAACCGGAUGGUGAUGUUGAUGUACAUUUUAGAUCAUCUGGUGUGCAAAUAUUUGAACGUGAUGAUGAUGAACGUACAAGAUUGUUACCGCCAUAUCAACGAUGUUAAUUCUGUGAACUGUGUUUAUGACUUAAGAUGUUGCAAACAUUGUUUUAAAUACAGCAUCACGAAGGCAAGAGACGUAAUGUUGUAAGAAACAGGAUUAUAACAACUGUAUAUAUUGUUUAUAUUUUGUUGAUUUCUGCCUAUCUGUUGACGUUUGUGUCUGUUGAUUGACGUAUGUAUGCAGUAUAUAAUAUACCGCUAAACUAAUUCAACUUUGAAAUGUCAUUCUGGAUGUUUAUCGAAGUACAAAUCAUCCCGGUUAUCCAGAGCAUCCCAGCUUCAUAACAGCCCCUAAAGCCGGUUUUCCAUCCGCGCGCAAAAUUCCGUCUAAUGGAAAACCGGAUAACGGGCUAGCUCGACUAGUAUUCGGGGAGUGUAGCUAGCUAUCAUCUAAACCUGGAGUAAAUGGUUAUCAACUCCAAAAAUAGUCUAAAAAUAAGAUUAAAAUAGCUGUUGAGCCAAAUUCAAAAGCUACAAUUGGGGCAGGAUUUCCCUGAGUAAUUAUACAUCAGUUGGAGUUUGGUUUCAAUUAUCCAUUCUCGUCCCCAGGCUACUACUUUUGAUUCGCAACAGACAUGCUUCUAUCCUUAAGCAAGGAACAUAUAGUAUACCCAUGCAUGUAAUACUUAGAAGAGGAAAAAUGAACUGAGCAUUUUUGAUAGUUAUAGAUAAAUAGUUUUUUUUUAGCAUAAUUAUUCAGCAUUAUUUGUUGUAUUUUUUUGUUGUACUAGAUAGUAUAAAUCUUUUUAAUUAAUGACAAAUGUAUGAUAACAUAAUUCAGCUUGCUUUUGCGGCUACAAAGUUUCCUUAAUAAAGCAUACAAUAGAUUAGGGCAUGAUUUCUUUAAAAAUGUUCUGUAAAUAAACCAAUUGAAAUUAAAAACGUGCUGGUUAAGCAAUCAAUGUAAGCAAUCCAAUUAAGCAAUCCAAAAUAAACCAAUAUCCU